ACCCCCUUCAGUCAGUCAAACGUCAAAAUUCCCAGUAACAAGAUGCAGAUGCAACGGCUCCUGGUGCGGUCCAUGGGACUAUUCAGCAAAAAAAAGCCUCCACCCCCGAAAGAAAAGGAGUGUCCACCGAGGGACUGCGGCAAACGCCCGGGCGGCCUGUUCAAGUUCUUCAAAAGCAGGAAGUACGAGACCAAGGACCUGAGCGAGAAAACAACAGACAAAGAGGAGCUGGUCUGUCGCAAGCAGUACCACGAGGACCUGAGGAAGCGGGACCCGGACCUGUCGCACUUGGGCGGCGAGGUGUACCGAACGUGCGGCUCGGCGUUCGUCGUGCAAAAGCCCAACUUUCCGCUGGCGCCGAAGCUGAACGGCGAGGAGGACGCGGCGCUGCGCAAGAUCGAGGCGCCGCCCGACCUGAAGAACUACGAGGAUCCGAUACCGGAGUUCAGGAGCGCCGAGCUGAGGCUGUUGGAACUCAACGACAAAAGACUGCAUCCGUUUUACAAGAAGUACUUGAACGUGGCGAAGGAGGUGAAGAUCUGCUUCCCGAAGACGCUGUACAAGAACAAAAGUGGUCCGGUACGUUUGGAGGAGAUUCCAAGUCAGUUGAAGCUGAGCAAGGAAUUGCUCGAAUCCAAGAAUAUUUUUGCAGAUUUCAAACGAGCUGUCCCACCCAAUCAAAUUCUAACGAAACUGAUCGAAAUGGACCAGAACAGAAAACCGACACUGGAACCGCCGAAAGACAAGAAAAAGCCACAACGAGAAUGUUAAAUAACCCUUUAAAACGAUGCACUACAAUAAAACAAUUGUUUUUAGUCA